AUGACGGAUGAAACCUUGAGGCCGUACCAGUACAAACCGUUGGAAGAGCCUCGUUGGAUUCGAAUACUCGAAUUGGAUCCCGGCAACUACGAAGACGAAAUAACUUGUUCUCUCAAGCACAUCUCGCUAGAUAGCCACAUCUCUUACGAGGCACUUUCCUAUUGUUGGGCACUCGAAAAUGGCGAUGAUUCUAUGUGUUGUAUAAUAAACUGCGAAGGCACUUCCAUUCUGGUUACCCAAAACUGCCAACGAGCUAUUCGCCGACUCCGGUAUCAGCCAUUAGUACCGCCAGUUCUUGAAAAUGCUGAUAGUUCUCGCGAUCAGCUGCUCAGUCAUGAUCACGGAAAAAGAAUCCUGUGGAUUGAUGCAAUUUGCAUCGAUCAAAGCAACAUCCACGAGCGAACCCAACAAGUCCAGUUGAUGAGAUUGGUAUAUUCACUAGCGAAAAGGACUUUAAUCUGGUUGGGUGAAGCGUCCAAAAGAGUCAGUCAUGGGGAUGAAGCUGGUCGUCCUCUCUCGGAUCUGGGAAUAGAAUAUCUCUCAAAAAUGACCUGUCAAAUGCGGGGUUUGAAUGACAAGGGUAUUGACGCUUCUAAAUCCCCAUUUUAUGAAGCUUUUAAAGAACAAGCUAGGAAACACAGCACAUCCGACGACGGGGAUUUAGAUGAAUGGUUUAUAGGACUAGACAUUGUUCUAAACCGCCGCUGGUGGCAACGGGUAUGGGUCUUACAAGAGGCGGCUCUGUCAAGCUCGGCAGUCUUGAUUUGUGGUAAAGCUACCGCGGAUUUUGCGGAUGUCUACAGUGUUGUAGAAGCCUACAUCUAUGAUAAAGAUGAGACAGCUCAUCAGAUGGGUGAAUCACUGCCUAGAGCCGCUUCGCACUGGCUAGCUCGAGCUGAAGUCAACAGGCAGAGAAGGACUGUCUCAGACACCCCAGAACCGCAUAAUAUUGAGAACUUACUCGGCCUCAACAUUUACCAGGAUUCCACAGAUGCUCGUGAUAAGGUUUUUGGCUUGCUUGGCAUGUACAACAAUGAUGAGAGAUUACUUCCAAUGGCAGAUUAUCGGAAGAGUGCUGUCGAAAUUUACAUAGAUCUGGCUGUCAGGCUAAUUUCCGAUGAGAAAAGGCUAUCAAUUUUGAAGUAUUGUACAAGGGACGGAGUUCUGGAUAGGGCCACUAUGACGCCGCCGAGCCCGGAAUCUCUCCAUGGAAAGGAGAAUACUCUUGGGAAAAUAGACCAUGCAAUAUUACCUUCAUGGGUGCCUGACUGGACAAACCAAUUCCUCCGGCAAUAUUUCAGCCUACUUCGCGAAAGUACCAAGGGAACUGAUGCGUUGUACAAGCUCUCAGAUGACAAACGGGCUUUGACAGCCAGAGGUAUACUGUUUGAUACUGUUGGGGAUAUACCCAUAAUUCCAGCUACAGUUGUGGAGGGCAACAGCAAACUUUUCGCGGAAAGAACGAUCAUCAGCCUGAAGGUUUGGCAUGACUUUGCUAGAGCUCAGAAAAUAUACCCUACUGGUGACCCUGCAGAAAGGACUCUAUUAAAGGUGUUGUUCCAAGAAAGAAGUCGGGACCUCGAAGGACUUACCAAGGACUGGUACGAGACUUUAGAUUCAGUCUCAGUCUCGCCGAAGGACCUUCUAGACAGAGUAAGUAGAUCUGCAGACGCGCUUGCUUAUUACGAGAAGGCCGUAAGGACAACGGGCGCUCAAAAUAUGUGUCGAACGAGAAAAGGGUAUCUUGGAUUAAUUCCACUGACAGCAAAGACUGGGGAUCAGAUUGUACUACUUGCUGGUGCCCCAUAUCCUUUCGUUCUACGACCGAUUGAUGACUGGUUCCAGCUAAUUGGGAUUUGUUUUGUUGACGGUAUCAUGAAUGGUGAAGCAUUUCCUGAUGAUUUAUCAGAAUUGCAAGCAUUUACUUUACGUUAG